GCUACUCUUUUUAUCAGACCCUCAUUCAAACUUGCAGCAAAGUAAUUUGCGCCGAACAUCUUCUACUUUAUCCCCCAGUUUCUCUUACCUUCACCAUCUUUUUUUUCUACUGUGUGCAAGAAAAUCAUUUGCAGCGUCGUCGUCUCUUUUCCUCUCUCCUUUUCAAUCUACUGUCGAUACAGGCGUUUGGAUUUUCGAGUGGUGUUUUGUCUCCUCUCUAUCCUUCUCGUCUUUUAUUCGUCGUGAUUGAAUAAUUUCUUCCAUAUUCAUACCUCUACGUUGUCAUCGUCUCCGUCUCAUCCUCUUUAUUUCUCACUCGGUCUUCUGAGAUUUUGUCGCAGAAAACCCCUCCUUCAUCGAUCUCAUCUCUUACUACUCUGCUACUUCUGCAUCAUACCAAGCUUCAUUUUGAACCUUCUCUGUUCAUCUUGAAUUCCAACAAUCGAUAAUUUAUUCACACAAUAAGUGUAUAAAUUUAACUUGUUGCUAUUUGACUUUCAUCGAUCUGUUUCGCAAGUCGUUUAUCGAAUUUUCGAGUCUCACGCGCUUCUUAUCGUUCGAGUUACACAAGAACGCAAAUCAUCGCACCUUCACAACUCAGCUUUUUUCGUUCCUUGUCAUCGAUCGCUUUACGAUCCUAUCCGCUCAAUUUUCUACUUUCGAUUUUCCCUUCCUCUGCGCAAGUAUUUAAAGCAACCACAGAUAAGAUAUCAUCCUUGAUCAAAUUUUACAAUGGCAGACAACGGUUUACCAAGCAGCGUCCAGCUCCCACCACCACCGCAGACUUCUGCUGGUGCGCCAGGCUAUGAAAAUGGUCACAAUAGCCAGGGCAACCCCUCGCAUAUGCCACCGCCACCACUUCCUCCAGUGAUUAUCCCGCAGAACACGAAUCCAAUCCCAACUGCUAUUACCUCUCCUAUGGGUGAAAAUGGUGGGGUAAUGUCGCCAGAUAGCGCUGGCGGAUUCGUUCGCCGAGCUGCACCAGAACCAAACAAGCGCGCAUUAUAUGUUGGAGGUCUUGACCCAAGAGUCACUGAAGAGGUGCUCCGUCAAAUUUUUGAGACCACUGGACAUGUUCAAAAUGUUAAAAUCAUUCCUGACAAGAAUGUAGGUGCUGUCAGUAUCUAUCUACUAUCUCCAUAAAUUCCCAAGUUUCGAGCUUUCAAAGCCUGCAAAAUCUUCAAUAUUGUUUAACAGUUGAACUCUUUCUUUUAAAUACAACCUACAUAUGUAUAACUUAAUGCUAACCAAGUCUCAGUCAAAGGGAUUCAAUUAUGGUUUUGUCGAAUAUGAUGAUCCUGGAGCAGCUGAGAGAGCUAUGCAGACCUUGAAUGGAAGACGUGUUCACCAGGCCGUGAGUGUUAAUUUUCUCCAUCUUUCCAAGCAGCAAAUUUGACUCUAUACAGGAAAUUCGAGUGAACUGGGCCUACCAGUCGAACACUUCAAACAAGGAAGAUACAUCGAACCACUUUCACAUCUUUGUUGGAGACCUCUCAAACGAGGUGAACGACGAAGUUCUACUACAGGCGUUCUCUGCCUUUGGUUCCGUUUCCGAGGCACGUGUUAUGUGGGAUAUGAAGACAGGAAGGUCCAGAGGCUACGGCUUUGCUGCUUUCCGUGAACGUCAGGAUGCCGAGAAGGCAUUAAGCUCUAUGGACGGUGAGUGGCUGGGCUCCCGAGCUAUUCGUUGUAACUGGGCAAACCAAAAGGGCCAGCCUUCUAUCUCGCAGCAACAAGCCAUGUCUGCCAUGGGCAUGACUCCUACCACUCCUUUUGGUCAUCACCACUUUCCAACCCAUGGUGUUCAGAGUUACGAUAUGAUUGUUCAGCAAACUCCUCAAUGGCAAACCACUUGCUACGUCGGAAACUUGACACCAUACACAACACAGCAAGACCUUGUUCCCUUGUUCCAGAAUUUUGGAUAUGUUGUGGAAACUCGUUUCCAGGCUGAUCGUGGCUUUGCAUUUGUAAAGAUGGAUUCUCAUGAAAAUGCUGCACUUGCCAUUUGCCAGUUGAGUGGAUACAAUGUCAACGGCCGUCCUCUCAAGUGUAGUGUAAGUUUCGCUUAUUUCUUCAUAUCUAAUUCUAUGCUAAUAAUUCUCAGUGGGGCAAAGACAAAGCACCUACUUCGGCAGGCUUCGACGGCUCUCAGCAGAGCUACAGCCCUCAGGCCGGACCGACCCCGGGUGGAUUCCCAGGUACACCCAACGCUUAUUUUCCACAAUAUGGUGGAAUGCCUCCGCAAGCUGGACCGCAAUCAGCUGGACCCAUGGCUAGCCAACAGUCUCCAGGCCAGUACGCUGGUCAACAAGGGGGAUAUGGUGGUCCUCCGGCUCAAUCCCCCGCGCAAUAUAGCAAUCAACCCAUGGGUUAUGGUGGCCCUGCCAGUGCUGGAGGAUAUGGUCGAGGAGCGCAACCAACCCCAACCGCGCAAUGGAGUGCUCCCACUGCACAAAGUUACGGUAACGGCUUUGGUGGAUAUCAGGGCUAAGCUCUAUACGGCCGCACGCAUUUAUGACCUCUUUUGGAGCAACUAUUUUCAGGUGUAUUUUGCUUUGUCAAGUUCUUAGGGUCUUAUGGGGAUCAGGGAUAUUAAGUUUUGGUGGCAUAAUCUCAUUCCCGCAUCUGUGCUUUGGUCUUUUGCUUGACGGCUAGGCCGAGCAGCAUUGAAGUUGCAUAGGGUGCUCUAUUUCAAGAUAAUUUUCUUUCGAUCCGUAGUUUCCUAUGUUCCUAAGUGUUGGAAAGGUGAUUGUCACGUCUAUCAAAAAGUUCUUUCCUUCUCUUCUAGGUUAUCAUUGCCUUGGUUUUAUUUCUCUGCAUUUGAUUUGUGGUCUCUCGUUCUUCGCCUUUUGUCCUCAUGAGUCCACGAAUCUACUAUAGCGACUACCCCGUUCAUAUUGUGCCAUGUCACUUCUUCUUUUGGUCAACGUUGUCAUUAUCGAAGUGGCCGGCAGUUACAUAAAUUAUGUUAUGCAGAAGAUUGCAAUGAAAAUGAUAGGAUUAUCUUAAGAUUUUUCUGCAAAAUCGGAGGAUUUUGUUUGGCCAGGUAGGAGGCCAAAAUGGGAGGAGGGAAUUGUAGGGUUAGAAACAUUCACAGCUACCCAUAAAAGUUAAAUGGCCGGUGCUGUCAGCAGGAGUCAGCAAUGAAUACUGCAUAUCC